GUCAGUUUAGCUCAGUCAAUCUUCCAGGCACUUCACGCCACAAGGGACGCUAAUUUUGGAACUAUUUAAGCUUGUAGGUGGUAUUAUGUUUGAUUAGUUAGACGUGAACAUGCAAAGCGUAAUGCUGCGGUGUAACUUAAUGCGGGGAAUACUCCGAAGGACAGGGAUGUGUAGUGACUAGUUAGCAAAACAUCAACAACAAAUCAACGAAGGGGCAGGGCAGCUGCACCGCCUGGUCCUGUGUGUUUAAGGCCAACUUACGCAAAGUUAUUAUUUAACGCUAGGAUGAAGCUGUCACUGUGUAUUUAUGUGACCUAGUGACUUGGUUGUAAUAGCCAGUUUUAAUCUUUGAGUGUUAAACCACCGAUAGCAUUUUUGCUAGCUAGCUUGCUCGCUAACUUGGCAGCUGUCGUCAUGUAAACAUUUAUAACUUCUGCGUCAUGUAGGCUUCAAGCGUAUCAGCUUACUGGUUGCAAUCAGUACUGAUUUACAGAUCAGGUCUUUGUUUAGUUGAUCUCUCUUCAAAUCUUUCAUCGACUGGUCCACAAUGCAUCACUCCGCUCCCACAAGCGCUGGACUGGGGGUUCUGCCAGCCAUGUAUUCAUUUUCAGGCCCCACAAGUCUGCCCGAGUUUGACCUGGGAUCACCAAGCACGUCUAGACACCCACGGAGAGCAACACUACCCAACAGCUGGGAAACAAGAUGUCUCAGGAAGCACAGGAGGAGAAGUGAUGAUGAGGGAUGCAGUGCGAAAAGGCGGAGGCUAAUGUUUGAAGCUGACAUUUCAGAGAGCUCAAACACCAGCAAUCAGCAAGACUGGCCAACAGCAAACAGCUACUCUCAACUCUCUACACAACAAGCCAGCGCUGCACUUCCACAGCCCUGCCCAGCACCUCAGAACUUGACUUUGUCGACGCCUGACGCUGCACUCACCCGACCUGAGGCAGAGAGCUCCUGCAUGGAGGUAGAGGCUGCUCAGAGGAAACUUCAGGAGAUUGAAGAUAGAAUAACACUAGAGGAUGACGAUGAAGAUGAAGACCUGGAUGUAGAACCAGCCCCAAGACGGCCGGUUCUGGUGAUCUCUGACAGUCUGAAGGAGGGUCUACAGCGCGGCAUCAGCGACAUCCUGCCGCACACUGUUGCCCAGUCUGUGAGCCAUUCCUGCAUGGAGCUAGUGUUGUGGCGGCCCCUCGAUGACCCCUUCUGUCGAAAGCGAAAGGUCACCUUACCAAAGCCACGUAAACAACAGACAGUACCACGGCAAACCCUGACACCGUGCCCUUCUCCCACCCCUCACUGCUCUGCCAGUCCCCCCAGCCCACCUGCAGACACCCACUCUCCUGUGUACAGCUUUCCUGUGGUUCACAGCGCUGGAGAGGAGGACAUGGAGAUGUAAAUGUUCUCAGUGACUUAAAAAGAAAUGCCAAAGUGAAAGACUUGAUGUGAAGGCACAAGAGGAAAAGAGCAGAAACAGACUGAAUCACUUGAAAUCAAUCAGUUUGGCAUGUUGGUUUUUAACAUUGUGCUGUCUUGGAGGGUUUCUGUAACACUUCUUUUGCUUUACAGUUGCUCAGCUUCAGUGUUUUGACGUAAAACACGUUCAACUAUACCCAAGAUAAAACAUAAUAUCUACAAUUUAUACAUUUAAGUAUCCAAGUCUACCAUAGUGAGCUCCGAGUUUCUGUAGACAGCCUUGUGUAAACGGUUUUAUGUACCAUUCUGCAUUCAGCGUUGCUCUUAAAUGAAGUAGAUUGUACAUAGUUUUGUAAAAGCCUUGCCAACAGCAGACUGAUGAACUGUAAAUACACUUUAACAUCAGCAUAAAGAAACAGAAUUUUAUAUAGUUGGUAAGUUUGGCCUCUAAGCACCAUUACCACAAAGACUUGCUUCAGAGUGUUCAUAUUCUGCUUCCUGCUUGCAGUUGUACUUGUGUUUGAUAUCUUCUAUAGAGCUUCAAGUACAUCAUCUGUGAGCCUCAAUGAAUUUGCCAAGAAGUCAAAAAAACACCUUUUUGUGAUUUGUCUUUUCAUAUUUAACAUUUCCAGAAAGAGAACCAGCCAUAGAGUGUUACUUUUUUAAAUAAACGCUUACAUUGUU